CCUACAACAUGCGUCUCAUUCUCACAGGUGCCACCGGCAUGGUCGGAUCGGCCGCCCUCAACCAUGUUCUUUCUCUCCCGCCGGGGGAAGUAUCGCACUUGUAUAUCUUGAGCCGGAAAUCUGUGCCCAUCGCUGAGGAUCGGCCCGACGUUACUGUGAUCGAGCAUAAGAACUUCAACGAAUACAGUCCUGAAUUGUUAGAGAAGUUAAAAGGAGCCGAUGGCUGUAUUUGGGCGUUGGGAAUUUCCCAGACACAAGUAUCGAAAGAUGAGUAUGUGAAAAUCACCAUGGACUAUCCAUUAGCAGCAGCAAAAGCCUUUUCGGGAUUAUCGGAUUCUUUUAACUUCGUAUAUGUUUCAGGAGAAGGAGCAACACAAGAACCAGGAAUGUUCACUCCAUUCUACGGUCGGAUAAAAGGCGAGUGUGAAGCGGCAUUGAUCGCUCUAUCCAAAAAGUACCCUAGUCUGAAGCCCUACUCCGUCAGACCUGGGCUCGUUGACCCGGCCUACGACCCGGCGACACUGGCAUCUGUCAUGCAGCGGCCGGACUUCACUGCCACCAAAAAGAUGCUCUUAGGGACUAUCGGUCCCCUCACAAGACAAUGCUAUUCCAAAGGUGUCUCACCGACGAAGGACCUCGGGCGCUUCUUGACAGACCUGGCUAAGGGAAACGGACAACCACUUACAGGAGAGGGAGUCAGUGGUGGUGGAUGGAUUAUAUCGAAUGCUGCAUUCCGGAAAGCGGCCGGUCUCUAACCCUAUCUCGCGGCCUCAAUUCCGUGUUCUAUAUAUCAUAUAUACC